UUUAUGUAUACCGGUUAUUUACAUUGCGUUUAUUCGUUUAUAAUUUAUUAUCUAAAGAAAAAAUAAUUCAACACUAAUAUAAUUAUUGCUUUACCGAACUCUUACAAAGUAUUAAAUAAUAUAUAAUUAGGGCAUAUUAUUAUUUUAGAAAUUUGUGCAUUAUUUACUAUAAGCUCUGAAUAAGCAUCACAUCAAGAAUGUCAAGAUUUCUUUGUUCAUUUUGCAAAUUCCAUUUGUAAAUUGUAAUUUAUCGAUAUUGGGAUGCUUAUUCUGUCAUAAUAAGCUAAAUUUGUUGAAUUUUCAUAAAUUUUCUCCUAUGUAAAACAGAAAUAUUCUUUUAGAAAAAUAAUAUAUAUCUUAACUUUGUUUGGAAAAUUUACAAACUUUAAUUUACAUUUUAUUAUUAUGAAUGAAAUGAAUUCAAAAUAAAUUUAUUGAAUAGGAAUAGUAAGUGAAAAUAUCGACAAAAAUGUCGGAAGAAGCAAAAAAGAAUGUUCAUGCAUUAGGCAAAAGAAAUUCUAAAAAAGACUUUUCUGAUGUUACUUUAUUUGGAACACCAGUACCUCAAGCUGCUUCAACUGCCAAGAGAAAUUCAAAUCUUCCUCCUAAAUUUGGACAAAGUGCAGAAAAUUACAGAAGAUCGCUUAUGAAUGAAACGACUGAUACAUUUAAUUCUUCCCUUGGACUUCUCCAUAAUAUUUCAACACUGAUAGAUGAUAAUUUCAUGAAUCUUAAAAAACAGUCUGCACCGAAGAAAGCCAUAGAUACUGAAAGAGAACUUGCUCGUAAAUUAUUACAAAAAUGUAGUGAACCAAUAAUCAAAAAUGAAGAUAAGACGAACAAAGAAAAUGACGCAAACGAACAAAAUAGAAUUAGUGAAAAGUAUUCUGGUGGAAUAAAAGAAGAUUUUUCUACGCAAUCUCUUCCAGUGAAUGAAGGUGAAAAAAAUACACUUUUCCCUGAAACAUCAAUGUCGUCGAGUGUUUUAUUUGAACCUCGAGAAAUAACUGCUCGUUCAUCGGAAAUGAGUAAAAUAUCUGGAAGUUUCUUGCCAAACACUUCUUCGAAAGCUGGUUUCAGUAUGAAUUCAACAGCAGCUGAAAUGAUUGCACAAUUUGGCCAAGAGGAUUUUCGAUCAGAUUCUCGAGCAAUUAAUCAAUUAGAGGCCGAUGAGUUGUCAUGGAGAGAGAAUUAUUCUUACGCCAUGCCGUUAGGGACUAAUAAUUCCGAGAAGGAGCAUUUAGAAUUUUCGUGUUUCUCUGGAAUCAUUGGUGAUGUUGAUCUAACAGUCGAAUCGGAUAGUGGACACAAAUUAUCAUUUGGUGAAUACUUUAAACGAAAAUGCGGAAAUUUCGGGGAGCUUUCGGAGAGUGAAGCAGUUGAUAGACCAAGUUUUGGUUUUUCGAUUAGGAGUCCAAAAAAGCGAGAAAUAAUGGAACCGUUAAUAAAUAUUACAGGAAUGACUAAUGCUACAGAGGCGUGCGGUCAGAAAGAAAUGGUAAAUAAUUUCUCAAGUACAGUUGACAUGACGAAAGAAAGUUUAAUGAGCUUAAGUAGUAUUGCUCAAGUGCUUGAAAAUAUAAACGAUGGAACGCCUCGAAAAUUGGUGGAUCAAUUAAUAAUGGCAAACAAGAAGAGAAAAGAGCCACAAGCAGUUAGCGAUACAUAUACUGUUAUGUCGUUUACCAGAAAUUCGAUGCCCGCUUCCAGUUCAAAUACACUAGAGGCUGAGAAGCAUGAAAAUGAUUCUUCUUAUAAUGAUCGUACCUUAAAGAACCAGUCAAAUAAAUUUUCCUUAGACAGUCGAACUCUUCAAAGUUGUUUGGUUAAAAAUCGUUCCUUAACAUUGACACCAACAAAAGAAGAUGAAGUCGUAAGUCCAAAACCACGAAUUCUCUCCUCUACUGCUGUCUCUAUGGAUCUUUCGAAACUUAAAGACGGCAAAAAUGAACUUUCAUUUCCCGAAACAAAACCAAUUAUUGGAAAAUCAAAUCAAUCUCCAUUAAAUUCUCCAAGGGAAGGAGCAAUAUCACCGAUCUCAAAAUAUGAGAAUCUAAAGGAAAUUUAUAUAAAAAAAGGCUCUCCUAUGAGUGAGAGGUACAAUGAGAAUCCAAGUCAUUCGUUAACAGGGACAAAUCCAUCAACGGAACGGUUUAAAAACGAAAAAAGUUCUAUAAACAAAGACUCGUCCUUCACUUCGACUCAUCACUCAAGUCUCGAAGAAAAUAUUAUAAUCGGUAAGAAAACUCAGGAAUUGUGCAUGUGCGUUGUGGGAAUAAGAAAAGAAAUUGAUUUGGAUGUAAUGAAUAAAAGUGACCGUUGGAUUACUCUUUCCGUGAUUUUAAAUCAAAUUCAAGGUGAUGGAGAUGCCAUUGAAUUCUUUUUGCCAGUUAAUGUUCUAGUAAAUCCAAAUUCCUCUGGUAUUCUCAAAAUUGAAGUGAAAAUUUUGAAAACAACAACACCGAUAAUAGCCGUUUUGAAUAUUAGAACAACCGAUUUCGUCACUCAGUCAAAGUGGGAUACAAAGUAUAUAAUAUGUUUUGUGUCAGAAGAAUUACAAAUUGACGUUCUAACACCUGCAAAUAAAAUGGAACUUAAUUUCGAAGCAAUUACACAAAAUGGACAUCAAAUUUUGCCUAUUACUUUUGAAAACAAAAAUUGCAUCGAUCUUCCGCUUCUUCUCUUUAUUUUACAAGAUGAGCCGAAUACGUUCAGCAUAAAGAAAGCAGAUAAUGAAUCAACAACCGAUGAAAAUUCCAGUAAUUCUAAACUAGUAAAAUUUUGCCUGAAAUCAAGAGAAAGUUGUACAAUGAACAUAGAAUUUCAAGGAGUUACUUUAAAUUUAUUUGAAGCAUUUGAGCCGUCAAAUAGUUUGAAGAAAAUAAAAGGUAAAUUAGUUCUUCAAACUGAUUCAAAUUCGCAAGUCGAUCCAGGAAUUGUAAUAAAUGAAAUACCAUUAUUCGGCUCAAUCGGAAUUUGUAAAUUAAGAGUAAUUAAUACUGAGCUGCCGAUUAUAAUUCCUAAAAUGCAAAGUAGAACAUUAACUUUCUAUAAUUCGGGAAGUAUUGGAAUACCGUUAUCAGCAAUGAUUGUCGAAAAUGAAGGGGAAAAAAAUGAAAAACUCUGCGAUGACUUUGUAGUGAGACCUGAAACUUUGUUUUUGCAUUGCUUUGAAAAUGGAUCGUUUACAAUUUCAUACAUGCCACGAAACUCCAACAAUUUGGAUAGGCACGUAAUGGUAAAAAUUACAGCUGGAAAAAAUAAUUCCUUGUAUUCUGUGAUUGGGAAAAUGGAAUCUUCCAUUGAGGAAACAUUCGAAAGUUUUCAAUGUGAAACUCUUCAACAUUUAAGAACAAUAUCUUCUCCUAAUUCACCACUUAAUAGUUUAAUUAGAUCUCCAAAUUCGGGAAGAGAUUCACCUGGAGGUUCAGUGUCAAGUUCAACAAUUGCAGGAGAUGUUUUACCGAUUCGGGCGACACAUUCGUCAUUAGCUUGGACCAGUAUUCGAGUUGGAAAAUCUGAUAUUAAAGAAUUCGCAAUUCGUAAUUGUAGUAACAAUAAAAUUAAACUUCACGCCUCUAUCAUUUCCAAAGAUAAGAGUUUUAAGUUCGUACGAGAUAGUCAAACAACGUCAAAUGUUUUGGCAUUGACUCUACAACCAGCAGAGAGUAAAACAAUAAUAGUUGUUUUCAGUCCUCUUUUUGCAGGAGCUGCCACCGGAAGAGUUUUGUUUCAACAUUAUUCACACGCAAAAGAUAACACAGAGUCACGACCACAAAAAACCAUUUCACUGUUUGGAUAUGGCGGAAGUACAAAGUUGGAAAUUUCCAAAGCUUUUAAAGAUACUGGAGGUCUAAUGUGGCUCUCGCUCGGCAAAAUGAGCGGUGGAUCGCUAGAUGCAAAGAUAAAACUCGAAAACUUGGGAGACUUGUCCUGUUAUGUCAAAUUAAAGCUCAUUCCCAAAGCUGUUUAUCCGUCAAUGGCUGUCAGCUGGUCUGUAGAACCUUCAAAAUUGCUACUUAAUCCAAAAGAAGCUCAAUGGGUCUGCCUUGAGUUUCGUCCGCGAAAAGAAGAUUUACGAUUGUUGGGUAAAAAUACUGUGAGUCAUGUAGGAACAUUAAAACUUACUUAUGGAGAUGAACCAACUCGACUACGAAUUCGCAGAUUAUUCUACAAGAUGAAAGAGUCAGCUCCAAAAAAUAUGAAGGACCAAGAAUUUUGGAAUGAAAUACAUCCAAUCUGUAAAGCAUUUCCUGGUGAGACUUUUAUUCGCGAUCUCACAUUGGUUCGUGAUUCAAACACAAAUCUUGGAGACUUAUGCAGAGGAAUUAAUUAUCAGGAAUUGAAGUUAACUGUAGAAUCGAGUGCUGACGAAACGAUGACCAUGCUACAAGAUGAUAUGGAUGAGACGCAAACUUUUUAUUCACUUUGUAGCGAUAGUUGCAAUGAUAUUACAGUUACUGGAGACAGUUAUUUGCCUGUUGACUCUGUACUAGAAGCACCAAAUCAACAUUAUAUUCGAGAUAUUGAAGAUGCUUUUAUUGUUCAUCCAAGCGAAAUAACGUUAAAUGCCUCAAGUAAGAACGAAGCAACAAUUGUGAUAUCUACGAAUUCAAAAGUCGCGCAGCCUUUCGAGACGGUUUUAUCAAAUGGACAAAACUGCUUAACUGUGGUACCAAAUUCUGGAAUGAUUCCCACUGGAAGAAGCCUUUCUCUCAAGGUAGAAUGCAGGAAACAAGUCACAAGAAAUUUUGAAACAGUACUUAAAAUUUAUACAGCAAACGACAAGCGAGACGUCACAAUUCGAGUCUAUAAGGAUAGUUUGAAUUCCGCAAGAACUUUAUCGCCGCGGUAGUAAAAUCAACCAAAAAAAUUUGAUUAAUUUGUCGGAAAUCAAUUUAAUUUUUCUAAGAACCUUAAUUUACUUUUUAAUGAAUGUAUAAACUUUAGUGAUGUUUGAACUAUUUCGUUAUUUUCUUGUAUUUAUUACCGUUAUCAUACAAUAGAAAAAUUAUUUAAACGAUAACGAUGAAAAAAAUUCUUACUCAAUUUAAGCGUUAUGAAAAUAACAAAUUUUAAAAUCAAAUUAUAUAGUUUGUAAGGGAUUGAAAAAAAAAUUAACAGAACUCUUGUAUGCAUCUCACUAGUCUGUACAUUGUUCUAUUUUCCAAUACUUUUAUAAUGUUUAAAAAUAAUAUAUUAAAUAUGCUUCUUUUUUAAA